CGGUUUCUUUAUUAUAAAUACACGCUGUGCAGCUUGUGGGUUGGUUGCUGGCUUUGGCACGAAGGAUGGGUAUCAUGGAUUGUAAACUCAUUUUAGGAGUUGUAUUGUGUAUGCUGUUACCUUUGGAUGCGAAGGCGCAAGCGCCACCAGGGACCUUUGUUAAUGAGUGUCGGGACCGAUACUUCUGGCUGACGACGAAAAGAAGCUUCCUAAUUGGAGGGAACUUUCGCUUCGAUAUCAUUGGUAACGACGGCAUUCACCCUCUGGACGAUAGAUACGCCGCAUCCUGUGGCUUUACCUACUCUGUUAAUAUCCCCGGCGACCUGAUAUUCAGGGCUUCUUUCUUUGCUUGUCACGUCUCCAGCAAUAGUGAUUCGGAGUUUAGCUUGAGGUUCCGUUUCGUUCGCAUCGACCAGUUCAGCAGAGAGACUUACUACCCGUUCUCUAUGACGUGCAGUAUUACCAAGCAGUGGUACCCCCGCGAAAUCGUCUGUGAAGAGAACUACAUGGAGAUAUCUGUAAGGAGAAAUGUGCCAGUUAUUGCUCAAGAGGGGAUGGAUACUGAAGACUGGCAAGCUGCUCUCCCUGCAGCCCAGGAAGCUAUCCUGUCAGUGUGGCAGGUUGUGUUCCACAAGACCGGACAGCCAGCAAAAUCCAUGAAUGCCUCCGUGGCCCAGUCUCGGGGCUACAUGAUCAACUCCACCUCCAGUAGGAUCCUCUUCCGCUCGCCCUAUAACAUGCCGGAAUCAGAAAUGCUUACAGUUAAUGGAAUCCAAGUGGAAGCAAUCCGGGCAACUGUCUUCUACAAGCAAAGGUGGAUGCUGCUAUUGGUGGACACUUCUGCUGCCUGUACCAAGAAUCUUGGCACUUUUGAUGGUACACAUUUGGCUUGGGUUGCACCCAGAGUCCUCACUCCACUGGUUCUGCAUAUAGAGAAGUUCCAGGACAAGGGUAUUGCCAUGGGUGUGGAGGGGGAGCUGCUUGACCUUGCCACUAUCCAGAGACGGCACUAUGAACUGAAAGUCAAUGAGACCUUCAUAGGAAUCUCUGUUCCUUAUGGCGCGGAGGGUGGCUACCUGAAGAGUCGUGUUAUAAAUAACCAGUACAACCGGAUCUACGCCAUUGACCUGUACCUUGAGCACCAGUGGGCAGAUGACCUGUGGGAAGCGACCCAGCACCGUUCUUUCAAGCCAGUCCGCACCCCCUCUAUUGCUGAGACCCCCUUUGUCGUCAACAAUACCAUCCCAGCAGAAAAGGUCUUCACAGUGACCCUUGGCAUCUUCAACCCUGAUGUUGAGCUGAAGAACUUCACCAUCAAUGGGGUUCCUCUGACCCUUCCUGAGGCCAUCAACCAAGGCAUUGUGCUAACUGAGGUCCAGCACCCCAAUGGCACCAAGUCUUUUGUCCUGAAGGUCCCCUUCACCCACCCCCUCAUCCCACAAAAGUAUAUUGGCAAUGGUGUGAGGGAGUUCACAUUGAAUAUCAACUACACCUUGAACAUCAUCCCUGGGAAUGCGCCUUAUUUCCACCCUGCAACCAUUGUGUGUCAGAUUAAGGAUGUCGUACUUCCUGUGAUCAAGGGCUCUUGUACUGAAAAGAGCCUAGUCUUUGAAGUGACGCGUGGGAACAUGGACCACCUCUGGGCCAUGUACAUUGGGAAACACCAGCUUACCUCUGAGCUGGCGGCUCAACGGGGCUACAUCCUCACCAACCAGACCAAGUUUAUUCUAGAGGUGCCGCUCUUCAGUAUCGGCUGCAUCUAUGAGGAUAUCUCUCUCCGAGGCCUCUUUGUUCGAGUAGAACUGACCCUAAUCAAUAUUGGGACACUCUCGGCAGUGCUGUCAGCUGUACAGCGCUGUCAGUUUCCUACCAAGCAGCUGCUAGUGUGCAUGCCUAAUGGUGUGAUGACGGUGGUGGCUGUCACCAUGGAGCCCAUACCAGUAGUGGAACCCAGCAAGACCACCCUGCUGGAUAAGACCUGCAAACCCAAAGAGUUUGACUCAACCAGGGCUCUCUUUACCUUCAGUGUCAACACGUGUGGGACCAGGAGCAAGAUUGUGGAGGACUACCUGAUCUAUGAGAAUGAGGUGGUGUAUACCAGAGCGCUGUUCCCAGCCAAUGCUCCAGUCAUCACCAGGGACUCUGAAUACAGGCUGACCAUCCGUUGCCGCUACCCCCUCAAUGACACCAUGAAAUUGCUAGCUGAAAGGAAGGCUGUCCCUGCCCCUACUCUAAAAAAAGUCUUGGAUCCCUGGAGUUCUAUCCUUACAGCUCUGAGCAGAGAGGCCACAAAGCCAGAGACGUUCUGAAUCUGAAGGCCCGUA